AUGCAAAACCCGGUUGAUCAUAAAGCGGUCGCCGAAAACAUCCAAGUGUAUCUCCAGAACCACACUUUUAUAAAAGUGUUCUCCUUAACAGAUGUCUGCAAGAUUCUUGAUCAAUCUGAAAUAGAUGUGAUUCAAGCAACACAAUUUCUCACAGAAUGCAAGGCGAAAUUCAAAUCAAUAGAAAUAUUCAAGAUCAUCCAGCAUCUUAAAGUCGUUUUAAGUUCCGAUUUUACAAAAACAGCUGAAUUAUUAUCGAUAGUUUUCAAAUCAUUAAAAUCACCAGUGUUAAAAUCGAUUUAUCAAUCAUACCACGAGCUAUUAUCCACCAACCAUGCCCAUACAACUGAAAUCAGUAGGCUAAACGAACAAAUAACAAUUUUGAAAAAUACAAUUGCACAAAACCGUUCCGAAAUCGCUCAUCAACAGGGUGAACAGACAGGAUUUAUUGGCAAUCUUGCACAAAAAGAUGACGAAAUCGCCCAAUUAAAGGCUCAAUUAUCAGCCAAAGAUAAAGAAAGCGAUGAACUGAGAGACAAGAUCGACGAGCUCUUCCCACAGGUCCAGAAGAAGACAAAGGACAUUACAACACUUAAAAAUAUGGUUAAAAAGCGGGAUUUAACCAUUAAAAAACAAAAAGAAGAAAUUAACGAAUACAGAACUAAACUUGGAUUACCGAUCGAAGAAGAGAAACCCGAAGAGAAGCAAGAUGAUGCAAUUGAUGAGGAAAAAAAGAAGAAAAUGGCAGCAUUAAAAGCUAAAAAAGCAAAAUUAGCUUCUAACAAGCAGAAACAGCAACAAGAGAAUACAGAAAACCAAGAUCGACAACAAUUAGAGAAUAAAGGUGAAAACCAAAUAAGUUUUGCUGUUCCAAAAAUUGAUAAUCCGAAGAAAUCUCCAAAUAAAGCCGAACUACCUAAUUCAAGUAGACGAAGACCAGAUGAACAACAAGAGGAACGACCACCUGAUCGUCCUCCUGAUACAGGAAACAAAAAUAACGCAGAUUCAUUAAAAAAAGCGUUAGAGCCGCCGACAACUGAUUCAGCUCUCUCGGCGGCGAAUACAAAUGAAAAAGAAGAGCAAAAGAAACAAGAAUCAGUCAAAAUUUCACCGCCAGAAACUGAAAAAUUAAAUAAUACAGUUAAACAAGAAAAUAACGGCCAAAAAACCGACCAAAAUCCACCAAAAAGGCCAGAAUUCAUCAAAGAAAUAGAAAUCAAGGAAGAAAACAAAGAAAAUAAUAUUGAAAAUCUUCCAUUAUCAGUAAGAGACUCAAGACCACUCAGUUCAAAGUCAACAAGGCUCACAGAACAAAAAGUUCCAUCUCAACCUCCACAGCCGCUGCCAAAAGAAGAAUUCAAAGAAAAUCCUGAGAAAGGAAUAUGGUUAAUGCCACCUCCUCUGCCUCCAAAGCCUCAAAUUCCAUCACAGCCACCGCCUAUACCUUCAAAUCCCGUGAAAAGCAUUGAUUCUCUCGAGAUUGAAGAGAUGCAUGAAAAUUAUCAGCCAGUUACAUGGACAUUGAUCGGAAAUACGUCGGCAGUUGUAUCACAGAACCCGAAGAACUUCGUAGAUCCUUCCGUUAUCCAUCAAGUUCAGUUUGGAGAACAAAAUAUUCCAUCUCAACCGACAAAACUUGCCAAUUCCCUUCCAAAGCUUCGUCAAUCAUCCGUAUCAUCACAACAGCAGAAGCCCCCUCCACCUCCGACCCAAUUAUCCAGUCUUCCUAAGCCAAAUAAUAAUUCUAACCUUCCAAAGCUCCACAACACUUCUCUGACCUCCCAAUUAAAGAAUUCCGGAACAGCCAGAUACGAUAUCUCCUUCCUUAAGCCACAGGAACCAGAUCCCCCCUCUCAACCUCAAAUGCAACUUGUUUCCACCCAAGAAACAGCACCAGAGAUCAACCAACCACCUCAACAGCGGAAUAUAGAGGAAGACCCAUUCGUCAUUGAGCUCAAAAAGUACAAACGCUCUAUGACAGACUUCGAUAAGAUAUAUUCAUGCAUGAAGAGGGCAGUUAAAGAGAAAGACCUCGAUGAAAUUAAGUGGUGUGUUGAAGGCGGAUACAUGGAAGUCAAAGAUGACGUUGGAAAUACUCCAUUAUUAAAUGCCGCUUACAAAGGUGAUCUUCCGAUGGUUUCUACGCUUGUAGAUUGCGGGGCAAACAUUAUGGCAACAAAUAAUAAUAAGUGGAGUGCGUUAUAUUGGGCCGUUAUGAAUAAUUCGAUGUCAAUAAUCAAAUACGUAUGUAGUCAUAGUUCAUUUGACAUCAAUAUCAAGAAUAAUGUUGGAGAUACUGCUCUACACCUUGCUUGCAACAUUGGAAGACUCGACGUUGUAUCAUUUCUCUGUAGAUUACCAAAAAUUAACGUUGAAGCCAAAAACAAUGAAGGAAAAACUCCAAUGAUGGUCGUAAAGGAUUUAAAAGCGAUUGGAUUUUGGGAUAAGAAGAAAUUCAAAGAAAUUCUGAAAGAUAGCGGUGCAAAGAGUUAA